ACCGCCGAGAGUCCAGACCCACGAAGCAAAGAGACGAAGAGGAAGUUUUUUUUUUUUACCAGGCUAGCAGCGUUCUAUUGAUACAUUAAGACUCUGGAGGAGGAUCGGUUCUACAAACGGACACGAAGCCUUUCUGUAAAGGAAAUCAAAACGAGAACACCAGGGGAAGGAGAAAGAAACCCCUCCUUUUCCAACAAUGUUAAAGAACGAGAUCAGUGUGCACUUGGAGACCUUCUUCUGUUCGGUGUGUCUGCGCCUCCUGAAGGAUCCAGUGACUAUUCCCUGCGGACACAGCUACUGUGAGAGAUGUAUUAAUGGGGCCUGGGAUAGAGAAAAUCAAAGGAAUAUCUACAGCUGUCCUCAGUGCAGAAAGACAUUCAAACCAAGACCAGUUCUGAAGAAAAACACCAUAUUAGCAGAGUUGGUGGAGGAGCUGGGGAAGACUGACCUCCAAGCUGUUCCAGCUGGACCUGAAGAUGUGUCCUGUGACGUCUGCUCUGACAGGAAACUGAAAGCUGUCAAGUCCUGUCUGAACUGUUUGGCCUCUUAUUGUGAAAAACACCUCCAACCUCACCGUAAAGCUCCACCAUUACAGAAACACCAGAUGGUGGAGCCCAAGAACCUCCAGGAGAACAUCUGUCCUYGUCAUGAUGAGGCGAUGAAGCUCUUCUGUCGUACCGAUCAGCASUGUAUCUGUUAUCUCUGCACCAUGGACCAACAUAAAGAACAUGAAAUUGUCUCAGCUGCAGCUGAAAGUGCUGAGAAGCAGAAGGAGCUGGAGGAGCCCCAACAACAAAUCCAGCAGAGAAUUCAGGAGCGAGAGAAAGACGUGAAGCUGCUCCAACAGGGGGUGGAGGCCAUCAAUAGCUCUGCUGAUGAAAUAGAGGAGGACAGUGAGAAGGUCUUCACUCAGCUGACCCGGCUCUUCCAGGAAAGAAGCUCUGAUCUGAAGCUGCAGCUCAGAUCCCGGCAGGAAACUGAAGUGAGUCACGUCAAAGAGCUUCAGGAGAAGCUGGAGCAGGAGCUGACUGACCUGAAGAGGAAAGAUGCUAAGCUGGAGCAGCUGUCACACACACAGGAUCACAUCCAGCUUCUCCACAACUACCCCUCAGUGUCAGCACUCAGUGAGUCUCCACACUCAUCCACCAUCAAGACUCUUCCUCGCACAUACUUUGAGAACGUGACGGCAGCUGUGGACCAGCUCGGAGACAAGAUGCAGGACGUCCUGAGGGACACCUGGACAAACUUCUCACGGAGAGUCUCAGAAGUCGACGUUUUUCUGCCAGAACCAAAGAGCAGAGAUGAGUUCCUACGAUAUUCACAAGACAUCACUCUGGAUCCAAACACAGCCAUAUGGCUGUUAUUAUCUGAUGAGGACAGAAAAGCUACAUCAAUGAAACAAUACCAGUCUUCUCCUGAUGAUCCAGACAGGUUCAGAUUUUAUAAACAGGUUCUGAGCAGAGAGCGUCUGAGUGGACGUUGUUACUGGGAGGUGGAGUGGGGCGUGAGUAUGGUUUGUGUUGCUGUUUCCUACAAGAAUAUCAGCAGCCCAAGAGGUUCAGCUGAUGCUGAAUUUGGAUCCAAUGAUCAAUCCUGGGCCUUAUGUUGUAAAACAAACGGCUACGCAUUUUGGCACAAUAAACGCCGUACUCCAGUCUCAGGUCCCACUUCCUGCAGGAUCGGCAUGUACCUGGACCACAGAGCAGGUGUUCUGACGUUCUACAGCGUCUCUGACACCAUGACCCUCCUCCACAGAGUCCAGACCACGUUCACUCAGCCGCUCCACGCUGGUCUCCUGUUCCUCGACGACGGAGACUCAGCUGAGUUCAUUAAGCUGAAGUAGACGUGUCUUUAAGCUGUUUUAAAACAAGUUGUUGAUCGUUUGUUGUUGGAUUUCUUCUGUUUUAGCUGUAGAGUCAAGAAAUGUGUUCAGGUUUUUACCAAAUGGGUAUUUUUACAUUGUUGUUCAGUUUGUUUGAUCAAACUCACUCAGUUUGAUCAUUUUUAAUGAAAAAUGGCAGCUUUGACCUUUUUAAAACAUUUUUAUUCCACAUGUGCAGUAUUACUAAGGUAUAACACUAAAUGAAAAGAUUCACACACUGGUUUUUCUGUCCUUGUGGAGAUUUGCUGUUCAUUCUCCAGUCUUGUCUACAACCUUUCUCUUUUAACUCCCCCACCCCAAAAAUGGUAUCUGUACCCAUGUGGACCAGGAUUUGGUCCCCACACAGCUGUCUCAGUUCAUAGGUUGCAGCUGACUUGAGGUGCCUUUGUUGACAAAAUUGUUUGAGUUUACUAUUUUAUGAAUAAACAUUUGAAAAUCUAA